CACAUUCGGGUGUUUAGGGCUUAUCAGCAUGCAGCAGGCGCUACUGCUCCUCCCCCACGCCGGGCUCGUCGCCGCCGCGCCGCUGCGCGCGCGAUCCCAGCUCCAGCACCGGCCCCGAGGUAAUCUCUUGAAUCUUCUCCAGGCGCAUUCUUCUUCUCCGAGGCAAUUCACCACUUCUUCGAUCCAAUUCAAGAAUUCCAAUGUGUCGUCAAUCAAGGCGCAGGCUCAGUAUGGAACAAAAGAAGCGUCAGGGUUUGGAUCGAGCUACACGACUACUGUGGAUGCAGCGGAGAUCAACAUGCGAAACUUGGUCGCAAAGCGUCUCGAAGAGACUGCUCGCCAUUUCAAGACGAUGGGAUCGCUCGGAUUUUGGAGUCAGUUCCUGUGCACUCUAGUCUCCGCGGCAAUUCUCGCAUUCUCGAUCUUUGUUAGCGGGACUGCCACAGCCACUGUGACCAAAUAUCUCACGGCCGCGGGGAUUGCUGUGGGAUUUAUCUCGGUGUUCCGCUCCUUUGGAUACAUACGAUUGUCUGGAAGGCUAGAAAGCGCUAUGAACGAUCCCUCAAAGGCUCCUCCCAGAACGGAGGUCAUUGACAAGCUCAAAACCGGGAUCAUAGUCAACGUUCUCGGCCUAGCGUCAACGGUGGUCGGCUUGCAGGCAACGGUGGGGCUGCUCGUUGCAAAGGCGUUGAACUCCCCGGCAACGCCGUUUUUGCAAGGCCCCUACGCCGGCCAGAGCCCAGUGCUAGCUCUCGACGUCUUCCUCGUCCAGGCCUGUGCCAACGCGCUCCUCUCUCACUUUCUGGGCCUCGUUUUCAACUUGGAGCUGCUGAGAUCGGUGUCGGACAAGCCGCCACCUCCGCAAAAGGUUACGGUCCAGGCUGCGACUUGAGCAGAAAAAAAAAAGGACGAGAAAAAAGGAACGAGAAAGAAAAAACGAGAAGAGAAGAGCCGUACAUUUUACACUGAGAAGCGUACGUACGGACGUGUCCCGAUCUGGCGGCUGCGGUGGUCCAUGCGACGGGCGCCGUCGGAUGCGUACGGUGCGUUUGAUUGGCCCAUGUGGGGGCAUGUGCUACUGGCUGGAUUGAAAUCCCGUGAUGCGGCAUUUGCGCUUCUUACACUUGUGCGUGUGUUUGUCUUUUGUUGGAUUUUUCUAUAGUUUUUUUUAAAUCUUAUAAUUCUUUCUUUC